UACCGGGGCCGGGCCGGGCCGGGCCGGGCCGGAACCGAUCGCGGCGCGAUGCAGAAAUACGAGAAGCUGGAGAAAAUCGGCGAAGGCACCUACGGGACCGUGUUCAAGGCCAAGAACCGGGAGACGCACGAGAUCGUGGCGCUGAAGCGGGUGCGGCUGGACGACGAUGAUGAGGGGGUGCCCAGCUCGGCGCUGCGGGAGAUCUGCCUGCUCAAGGAGCUCAAGCACAAGAACAUUGUCAGGCUCCACGACGUUCUGCACAGCGACAAGAAGCUGACCCUGGUCUUUGAGUUUUGUGACCAGGACCUGAAGAAAUACUUCGACAGCUGCAACGGGGAUCUGGACCCCGAGAUUGUCAAGUCCUUCAUGUACCAGCUGCUGAAGGGCCUCGCAUUCUGCCACAGCCGCAAUGUCCUGCACCGGGACCUGAAACCCCAGAACCUGCUCAUCAACAGGAAUGGGGAGCUCAAGCUGGCAGAUUUUGGGCUGGCUCGGGCCUUCGGCAUCCCUGUGCGCUGCUACUCAGCCGAGGUGGUCACUCUGUGGUACCGGCCCCCUGAUGUUCUCUUCGGUGCCAAGCUCUACUCCACCUCCAUUGACAUGUGGUCAGCUGGGUGCAUCUUUGCGGAACUGGCCAAUGCGGGGCGGCCCCUCUUCCCGGGCAACGACGUGGAUGACCAGCUGAAGAGGAUCUUCCGGCUGCUGGGGACCCCUACGGAGGAGCAGUGGCCAGCCAUGGCCAAGCUGCCGGACUACAAGCCCUACCCCAUGUACCCAGCUACAACCUCCCUGGUCAACGUGGUGCCCAAGCUGAAUGCGACUGGCCGGGACCUGCUGCAGGUGAGACCCCACCUCUGUCCCCCUGCCUGUGCCCCCCCUUUCCCUGUGCCCCCCUGCCUCCACUGCCCCUGCUCGUGUCUCAUCGCUGUGUUCCCCACGCUUCACCUCACGGGGGCUCUGUCUCCUGGGAGUGGGUGGCCUCCCCCCUCACAGCCCCCUGCCCAGCUGGGGGGACUGUAGGAUGGGGAGGGUCUGUGCUCUCCCCCCUCAGCCCCCCGUGCUCCCCAGAAUCUGCUCAAGUGCAAUCCGGUGCAGCGGAUCUCAGCGGAGGAGGCCCUGCAGCACCCCUACUUCACCGACUUCUGCCCCCCCUAGGGUCCCCUGAUUCCCCAGGCCCCCCUGAGGAGGGACAGCAGCCCC